GAGAGUGAGAGAGAGAGAGAGGGGGAGGAAAAUAAGAGCCAUCAGCCCCAUCUAUCUGACUCUCAUACUAUUGGAUAUUAUUAUUUUUUUGGGGGGGAUCUCUUUAUUUCCUUCAUCUUGUAUUUUUCGCUUGUUUGUUUUUGGCCAUCUUUUUCUACCUUGGAGACUUCUCCCACCGCCGCGACUCGACUCCGCUUCUACUGUUUACUGUACUGUUUCUAAUCCUCUCUCUCCACUCAUUGCAUGGGACUACAGACAUCCGCGUUUAUUUCUGUUUUCAUCUUCUAUUUGCUUUUUUGCCUUCCGGACUCAUAAUUCUUCGCGCGAUCAACCGACCAACCGACCGACGGACCGGCCGCCGUUAUAUCUCCACAAACUCAAAGGGGACCUCACUCCUGCGCCUCCGGGAUUGAAUUUGUCUUCCUGCGUGCGUCUGUUAGUGCGGAGCUGAGUUUGUUUAAAGGGAGAAAACGUGACAGCAACUCCAGAGGGCUCAGCCAGUUUGAGAGGAUGAAUUAGACUCGGUCGACAUGGUGCCAUUUUGGAGAUAAACCCCCCUCUUUUAUUUCGUUUCUUUACUCAUAUUUCUUCAUGGGACGGGCGGAGAAGUGGGAUAUCAGGUGGAGAUCUUGAGCGCACACAGGCGUCACCUGUCCGCACACCUUUUGACGGCGCGCCUGUCAAUUAGUGUCACUAAUUGGAUUAUUUUGAUCUUGAACUUACAGUCUGCAGGUUGCUCUACUCCACCUCCUCUCCCCCGUGCCUCCCCUCAUCUCCCCCCUCCUCCUCCCCUAGAAGUUAUGUCAAGGCCUCUCUCUCAGCUCUUACCGCCGGAUCUCCCUGCCGGGGCCACCAGCCCCCAGUUUGGGGCCAGCAACCCGGCUGGAAGUGGCCCUCAAAGUGGACACCUGACCUCCAUGACCAACCUGAAGUCCCUGCUCCAGCUGCCAAUCAAGACCGACCAGAGAGGAACCAAGGACUGCUGCGAGAUGAAAGACAAAGACAAGCCCUCAGACUCUGAUGAAGACUCAAUGGGUGUUAACACCGGAGGGCCUGGUGGGGUGGGAGGAGCCCCGGGCUCUGGCGCCCUGCGGCCCAACUCCCAGUCAGCCUUCCUGGGCCCUCUGCUGUGGGAGAGGACCUUGCCGUGUGAUGGAGGCCUGUUCCAGCUGCAGUACAUGGACCUGGAGGAGUUCUUGACCGAGAACGGGAUGGGCAUGCAUACCAACGGACCCAGCUCCACAAGCGCCCAGAUCCCCUCCCAGAGUUCCCAGUCAGCGGUCCCCAACCAGAGCUCCCAGUGCCCUCCCACCUCUCCUCCACCCUGCUCCUCCUCUUCCUCCUCCAUGUCCUCUUCAUCCUCCUCUUCCUCACUGCUGGGACUGGAGACUGUUCAGCCACAGCCACCACCACCACCUCAACAGCAGCAAAGCAUGAUGGGAGGACCUGAGUGUCUACAUGGUGGGCAGUCGGUGCCUCAGGACCCAUCACCUUCCUCUACCUGCCCUCCAGGACCCCCCGGGCCUCCGGCGGCCGCCAACAGCAGCAGCGAAAUUAUGGUGAAUUUCGACCCUGACCCGGCGGACCUGGCACUGUCCAGCGUUCCCGGCCAGGAGGCGUUUGACCCGCGGCGGCACCGCUUCAGCGAGGAGGAGCUGAAACCUCAGCCGAUGAUCAAGAAGGCCCGCAAGAUGCUGGUCCCCGAUGAGCAGAAGGACGAGAAGUACUGGAACCGGCGCGUCAAGAACAACGAGGCGGCGAAGCGCUCGAGGGACGCCCGGCGGCUGAAGGAGAACCAGAUCUCGGUGCGAGCCGCCUUCCUGGAGCGGGAGAACGCCGCCCUUCGCCAGGAAGUGGCCGACAUGAGGAAAGAGCUGGGCCGCUGCAGGAACAUCAUCAACAAGUACGAGAGCAGGCACGGAGACUUGUGAGGCGGAUGGAGGAGGAAGAGGAAGAAGAAGGCGAAAGAGGAAGGGGUGGGGAGGGGAAAGAGGUGAUGAGAAAAGGGUACAAGGCAACCCAACAACAGCGGCACUUUAGUUGAAGUGGCGAGGGGGGAAGGCUGGCGUAGAUCUGCAAUAAGCGGCAUGCGACACCGGGCGCAAACACAAAAAGUGUGUUCUAGUGUCCACUGUGCUUCAGGAUGUCACGACAGGAAAGCACAGCGACGCCAUUUUUAUUUCUACCCCCCCCCCCCUCCCCAGUUUGACUCUUUGUACAUGCUGCUUCGCUGAAUCCACACAACGUACUGUAUCACCACCUUGUGUCACUUCGGCAGCUUACGUCACCCUCGGUGCUGUGCUUACGCCCGGUGUCGCACGGCGUUUUUGCAGGUAGUGCGUCCUAGUGCUGCUCUGGCCAGUUCAAACAGGGUGUUGAAUUCACAUUAUGCCAGUGAAAUCUCACUUUUUAAGCUCAAGGCAUGGACACAAGCCAGGGGAGGUCAGAUGUGUAAUUUUUUUCUAUAAAUAGGACAAAAAAAAAACAUGUAUAUUUUUGAACUGGGCAGGAAGGCGAGACUAGUCCAGCA